AUGCGUGGAUUUAAACAAAAAUUAAUAAAGAAAACCACGGGAUCAUCUUCUUCUAAUGGGAAGAAAAAAGAUAAGGAGAAGGAAAAAGAGAAAGAAGCCUCAUCUCAUGGGUCUUCAAAACGAUCUACAUCAGCUUCCUCCACGUCGUCAACAAGUUCGUCUUCUAGUACAACUUCAGCAACGGGGACUAAAACCACUGUGGAAAGAACUACUUCUAAAAAUAGCACAACAAAAACUCAUCAUAAAGCUUCAUCUCAAUCUCAAUCGGCUACAAGAAGAACAAAGCAAUCUGCUCCUCUGAAUCUAACGAGUAAACCAUUAGAUUAUCAACAACAACAACAACAACAACAACAACAACAAUCCAAACUACAAGAUCAAGUGGGUAAAAAAGAUGAUCGUAAACAUUUAACAGUAAAGACUAAUGAUCAAGUGAGACCUCAUCCAAGCUUAAUGGGGGCUGCUGCUCAAGUUAGUGCACCAACAUCUCCUCAGAAUAGCUCACCAAGGGAAAGUAAUAUAUAUAACAAUAGGAAUAUAACACCUGGGAUGAAUGGUAGUAGUGAUCCACUUCAAUCUCCAACAAAUAAUGGGAACACAACUUCUACCUCUACGUUAGGUAUUGAUAUUCCAAGAUCUUCACAUUCUUUUGAAAAAUUGCCCACUCCAACAAAAUUAAACCCAGACUCAGAUUUCGAUAUAAGGAAAACCCCACAGCGUCAUUCUUCGUCAAGGUUUGAACCUUCUAAAUAUACACAAUUAACUAAAUUACCUAAUUUUGAUGAAGUUCCUGUAGAAGAUAGAUUUAAUUUGUUUCUUUCCAAGGUAGAUCAAAGUAAUACUAUGUUUGAUUUUAAUGAUCCAAGUUUCGAUAUUCAAGGUAAAGAAAUAAAAAGAAUAACUUUACAAGAAUUGAUUGAAUUCAUAGUAACAAAUAGAUUUACUUUCAGUCAAGAAAUGUACGAGCAUGUGAUUUUUAUGUUUAAAAUUAAUUUGUUUAGACCAAUUCCUCCUCCUGUAAAUCCGAUUGGAGAAUUAUUUGAUCCAGAUGAGGAUGAGCCGGUUAAUGAAUUAGCAUGGCCACAUAUGCAAUUGGUUUAUGAAUUCUUUUUAAGGUUUAUCGAAAGUCCGGAUUUUAACCAUCAAGUAGCAAAACAAUAUAUCGAUCAAGAUUUUGUCUUACGGCUAUUAGAAUUAUUCGAUAGUGAAGAUAUACGUGAAAGAGAUUGCUUAAAGACAACUUUGCAUAGGAUCUAUGGGAAAUUCUUAAGCUUAAGAAGUUUUAUACGUCGUUCAAUUAAUAAUAUAUUCUUACAAUUCAUUUACGAAACAGAAAGAUUUAAUGGUGUUGCAGAACUAUUAGAAAUAUUGGGAUCCAUUAUUAACGGGUUUGCGUUACCAUUAAAGGAAGAGCAUAAGAUUUUCUUAGUUCGUGUUCUAAUACCUUUACAUAAAGUACCAUGUCUAUCAUUAUAUCAUCCUCAACUUGCAUAUUGUAUCGUUCAAUUUUUAGAAAAAGAGCCCUUAUUAACAGAAGAAGUAAUAAUGGGAUUGUUACGUUAUUGGCCAAAAGUAAAUUCCACAAAGGAAAUUAUGUUUUUAAAUGAAAUCGAAGAUAUAUUUGAAGUUAUUGAACCUUUAGAAUUCAUUAAAGUAGAGGUCCCAUUAUUCGUUCAAUUAUCUAAGUGUAUUGCUUCAUCACAUUUCCAAGUUGCGGAAAAAGUUUUAAGUUAUUGGAAUAAUGAAUAUUUUUUAAAUCUAUGUAUUGAAAAUGCAGAGGUGAUUUUACCAAUUGUCUUCCCACCUUUAUAUGAAUUAACAUCUCAGUUAGAAUUAGAUAAUGAUACCGAUCCAAAUAUGACAGACCCAUAUUUAUUAGUGGAACAAGCAAUUACAUCAGGCUCAUGGAAUAGAGCCAUUCAUGCUAUGGCUUUUAAAGCUUUAAAAAUAUUUCUAGAAACAAAUCCAGCAUUAUAUGAAAAUUGUAAUUCGUUAUAUUUAUCAAGUAUAAAGGAAACAGAACAACGUAAAAAACAGCGUGAAGAUAAUUGGAAUCAAUUGGAAAAAUAUGUUCAAGGAUUAAAGAUCGAAUUAAACUCAAAAAAUGCUUCUACACAAACACAAAUGAAUAACAAUCCUUUGGAAAAAUUACCUGAGGAUGAAGUUAAUCAAGCUAAUAGAUAUAAUAUUAAUGAUAGAAUCAAUCUUACAAAUGACCAAGAUAUAGAUAUGAAGGAAAACGAUGAAGUAUGA